AUGUACUUUAGACCCGAUUUUAUGGCCGAAAUCCUGCAGUCCGAAGACCAGCAACGUCGCCAAGAACAAGCACGGGCUCAAAUAGCUCAAUUGCGACUUGGAACGAGCUCAAACGACCAUAAACCGGUGGAGAAACGGCAAGAAGAGGACAGUGGAGACGACGAUGAGGUCGACACAGCCCAUUACAGUCGAGUUCCCAGCACUGUAGCACCGACAAAGCCCCAAGAAUCCGAAGAAGACGAUGAGGAAGAAGAAGAGAACCCUAAUGAAGACCACAAGCUCCUGAACUUUGCCGACAUUCUGCUCAUCGACAUCCUCAAAUGGCUCGACGAAGAUACCAUCGGAGCCUGCACGUGCUCGUGCAAGAGAUUGCUGCAGGUAGCACGAUCAGAGGUGCUCUUUGAGUCGCUUUGUCGACGUAUCUUCCCCAUACAGAACCCGAGAGCAGCCGCCGCCGCUGCUCGCAAUAAAUUCGGGUUACGUCGCUUCCCCACGUGGUUCGACAUGUUCCACGACAGACCACGUGUGCGCUACAACGGGUUCUAUUGGCUCAAGGUUUCGUACUAUAAGAAACCGGAGCUCAGUAUGUGGACGGAGAUCGUACCGGGAACGAUCUUGAAGUGCAUUUACUACCGCUACUUCUCGUUUCAGCGGGACGGGACGGUGCUGUACGGCAUGCUGUUUAAGGCUCCGCAUGAGGUUGAGUCGCACAUCCGCAGCCAACGUAAGGGUGUCUACACUGGCCGAUUCUACGUUGAUAAAGACGAGUUGGUCGUGACGGUGCCGACCAACUGCAACGAAGUCAACUUUCGACUGAAGAUCACGCAACGCGAGCGUGGCAAGAACGUCAAGUUGGUGCUGAAAGAACACUUUGCCAACUCGGAGCCGGACGGCAGCGGAUGGGUCAACUACUACGACACUGCUGACGAGGAAUUCUACUACUAUCGCUCCUGGAACCUUUGA